GGGCGAGGGGGCGGGGGGGGAGCGCGUGGAGGCACCCGGACGCGCAGCAACACACAGUGCUCAUCGAGAUGCGAAAGCGACACACACUCGUGGCCAUGUAUGCACAGAGACACCGCAGUCUCCCCAUCCGGCCGUGAGGCUGCAUGGUGUGCCCUGCCCCCUGCCCCCUGCCCCCGACAUGCUCAGACACGGAGCCACCAAGCCGGUCAUCCGCAGGUCCACCGCCCACGUCUCCGCUGGAUUGGGAGUCCCUGAGGCCCGGCCCAAGAGGACCCAGUGGGUGCGAGAGGGUGGGGGCGACAUAAGAACAACGAACCACCAACUAGACCCUGGCCCUGGCCUCAACCACAGGGCUUGGGGAGGGGGAAGUGUCCGGGGGCUGGGACUUGUGUCCCCAAGGACUGACCGACAGGGAUUGGAGGGGCUGAACUUAGAAAGGACGCAAGGCAUUGGACGUAGGACAGAAGCCUGAGACAUUUGAAGAGGGGGCUUCUUGGGAAACAUAAAACUCCCACCCCACCUUACUUCCUGGAGGAAGAGGCAUGGGAGCUGGGGAUGGCCGGUUCAGGCCCUGUCCAGGGCGACCGUGGUAGGCCUAUUGCUGUCUCCAUAUACCCAGCUCAAGGGGCCCAGGCCUGGGCUGAGGUCAAACAGUAGGACUGCGGACAGACCCCCCGCAACUCCCUUGAGCCUCCUCUAGAGGGGCCUCACUGCUGGGUCCUGUGUCCUGGGACCUUGGCUAAGCCAGACCUGAGGCAGCUGGAAUGCAGGGGGCAUCCCAAGGGGCAGAUUUCCUGCCCUUAGGUGGGGCGGGGCAGUGUCCCCUGGGUGGGAGCUGAGGUCCAGGAGAGCCUCGCCCCUCACUCCUAAGACAUUUUCCUGUGGGGUACCACUGCCCUCUCCAGCCACUCCUCUCUGUGCAGCUCGGGGGUUAUCUCCACCGGGAUGUCCCCUCCCUCGCCACCCUCCCCAGAGGAUGCUCUGGGAGGAGGACGGAUGGGACUCAGUGGUGUUCCUUCCUCCCUUUCUGGCAGGUGAGAUGCCGACCGGCUGGGCGGCCGUGAGGCAGGCCGAGCUCCACUUUGCCUAAAAAAGGAAGAGGCUCAGCUGAGCCUGAGGAGCCGAAGCAGGAACCAGCGGAGAGCCGUGUCCCCGCCGCCCCGCCCCUCCCCGGGAAUCUUGGCAGUGGCUGCGCUGGCUCCGUUCCACAGACCUCAGGCUGCGGCAGGGACCGGGACCUGCCUGGCACUUCCGCCUGAGCCCUGUGGGGGGAGCAGGAGGCUUGGACCCCAAGCCCAGGGUGUAUGCCCAGAGAGACCCCGCUUGGCCCCCAACCCCCCAGCAAGAAAGGCGCACCAAGGCGGCCAAGGAGAUGGGGCUGCGAGGGGAGACCACCCUCAGGCAGCCACAGCCCCGGCCCGGGGCGGCCCACCGCGGACACACGUGCGAACACCUCUGGGUUCACCCUCCGUCCCUCUGGGCACCCACGGCCCGUGGCAGGAGCUGGGCCAUGGCCCUCAAGGAAGCAGCCGCCCUCAGCGCCCCAGCCUCUCCGUCACAGAGAGAAGGGACAGGAUGGGGCCCAGUCUCUGUUGUCAGCUGGAGCCUCUACCCGGCUUGGCCCGAGUUCCGCCAGCUGCCCUGGCCAGGGGUUCCUGCUCAGCUCUGCCCUGCCACCUCUGCCGCUCACGCCGGGCUGUCACCUACCCCGGCCCGAGGCACCCUGCCUCCCGAGAUGCUGCUCCUGCCCACCACCCUGCUGUCAGCACCUCCUGUGUCCUUCGCCACCCUCGGGGAAGACAUGGCAGACCGAGUCCCCAGGGUGUGGGGUCAGGGCCAGGCCUGUGCUCCAGGCAGACGCCAGAGGAAGCACAAGCAUAAUGGCCCGGAAAGCUCCCCUCUGAAGGAGAACAGAGAAGGACAGAGCAAGCCCUGGCCCCCAGGCUUCACCCUUCCCCCGCUUCCCCCCACCCCAGCCCCAGCCUGGUCCUGGCGUCCUGGGGACCAGGAGGAAGGAGCAGUCUGGCCCUGCCCCCCACGGCCUUGGCCCAGUUGGGAGUCCCCUGCACAUCACUUCCCAGAGUUGGCCCACUCCGCCUGCCUGUCCAGGGGCAGGUGGAGGGGGUUCCCGGAAACCCAGGGGCGCUGCUCUCUGCAGGCGCCACCCUGCCCCCACCGCGCCUCGCACUCUCCCUCCCCCGCACACUCCAGGCCUCUGAAGAGAAUAAGGGCCUUUUGUCCCCAGCUCACUGUGGUCAUGUUGACUGCAGGGAAAAGGGCAGCUCCUGGGCCUCCCACCUCACCCCUGACCCCAGCCUCCGGCCCUUUGCGGGGCCUAAAGGGCAGAUGGGCUGGGCCCCGCCUCUGGCCAGGGGAUUCCCUGUGCUGCUGAUUCUCACAUUGCUGGUAUCUCGACAUGUACCUGUGCAGACAUUGUGGGGAGGGACAGAAACAGGGAAGGGGGUGGCUGCCUGCCACAGGCCUGGGGCAGGGGUGUGGGGCAAGCCAAUGCCCCCUACUCCACCCCACAAC